AUGGUGGGUUUGAGUGUAGUAUUAGAAUCUCAAAAAGGUGGUAUAAUAAGCAAGAACAACAAGAAAACUCCACAAGUUAUUAACAAAACAAUGAUGCUUAAUAGCUUCAACAAACAAUCUCAUUUUCAGGAACAACAAACAACGUUUCUGGAACUAUGUUUUCUCUGCAGGAAAAGGUUGUUACCAGGAAAAGACAUCUAUAUGUACAAAGGGGAUAGAGCUUUCUGUAGCGUGGAAUGUAGAUGCAAGCAGAUUUUCAUGGAUGAGGAAGAAAGUAACAAUCUUCAGAAUGAGAACUGUUAUUUUGCUGCAAUCUCUUCAUCUUCAUCUUCAUCCUCUUCAGAAGCUUCUUAUCAUAAAAAAGGAAGAAGAAACCAAAACGGUGGCUAUGCUUAUUGA